AUGAAAGAUGUCGACAUACUUUUUAGGCUUUGCAAAGCAAUAUUUUGGAUACGCGGAGGCAACUACUGGUAUGACGAAGAAGCGAUAGGGGAUGCCGACGUGUUCUACCGAAUAAUUUCCUUUGCUAUAUAUUUCUGUUACUUUGGUAUGACAUUUCUGGAGCUGCUAGCAGCGGGUAUAGGCAACGUGUCUAUAGAUGAACGAUGCCACGCGCUAUCGCACGGAGUGAGCCAUGCCGGAUAUGUUUUAAAAUUUAUAAGCAUCACGAUAAACCGCAGAGCGAUUCAAAAACUCCUGCGCGAUUUGAUUCUCGUGUGCGAUUCUCUGGAGGACGAUGAGACAGGAAUGAGGAAAUAUAAGCAAAUCAAGUUCGCGAUGGGUUUAUAUUGUGGUAAUUUCUUCAUAAUAAUAAGCUACUACGGCACACCAGGCGACGAAUCUCCACGAGCCGCAAUAUUUCGUACUGGCACUUCCAUCACGAUUGUAGCACUGUUAGUCACAAUAGUAAUAACAAUAGAUGGACUGAUCAUUACUGUCAUGAUAAUUUUUAAAUACAAGUUCAUAAUUCUAAAGAAAUACUUUGCCAAACUUAACGAAGAUAUGGCGCGUCGAGUCUCGCAAAAGAAUUGUGAUAUAGAGUCAGCUGCUAACCAACUUUGCGAUGGUGUCAAACAGGGCAUAGUGAUGCAUAUUAGUCUUCUCAGAAUAGCACAAGACUUGGAUAACAUUUUUGGGUCAAUAAUGACGAUUCAACUUUUCAAUAGCUCCUUUCCGGCGGUGUUUCUAUUACUUCAGAUGGCGGUUUCAGAUAAUGUAGACUUCUUAACUUCUCUUAAAAUUCUUGCAUUUAUCGCCACAGUAUUUUUGCUGUUGGGAAUAUACAUCUGUACCUUCGGUGAUAUAACGUAUGAAGCCUUAUCUCUAUCAGAGGCGAUAUUCAACUGCGGCUGGCACCUCUGUCCCGCAACCACGUCCGCCCACCGCAAGAUCAGAGCGAUGGUCAUCAUGGGAUGUGCCCAGGGCCAGAUCCCGAUCACCAUGAAAGCCUUCAAUAUGGUGGAACUCACCCAUGCCACUUACGUUGAAGUAAUUAAAUCUACGUAUUCUGUUUACGCGUUACUUCAAGCACGUAACCAAAGAUAA